CGGGCAGGUCUUGAUCCCAGGGUACUGUAUGACCAGUGCUACGUGGAGGAAGAUUCAAGUUGCAGACAGGUGUUACAGUCGUAUUAACACCUGAAACACAUCUUUCUUUACGGCUUAAAGGUAUCCACCUGUCCUUACGCGACCAGGAUGGCGUUAACCACGUUACCGAUCAGCCCCAGGUCCCUGUGUUUCGAUAAGGACGUGUUUAUGAAGGAAAAUUUUGACGUGGACCAGUUUGUUGCGGAAUGUCGGCGGCGAGUGUCACUGGAAACCCUGCGGGAAGACCUGGAGGUGUACUACAAACUCCUACGCAGCGCCAUGAUAGAACUCAUCAACAAAGACUAUGCAGACUUCGUUAACCUGUCCACAAACCUUGUUGGAAUGGACAAGGCCAUAAACAAUUUGUCUGUGCCACUGGGGCAACUCAGGGAAGAAGUCAUGCAGACAGUGAGAACAGCAAUGGACACAGCAGUACAGGAGAUAGAAAACAGACUGGCUACCAGGGCUGCUAUAAGGGACAAGAAGGCCUGUUUACAGAGGCUGAUGAACAUCACCCAUUCUGUGGAGAAGAUUGAAAAGAUACUGGACAUCCAGGACCAAGGGCAGGGAGAUGGGGAAAGGGAGUUGACAGGCCAGCUGAUUGAAAGAGUGGCCACUGAGUUCAACCAGCUGCAGUUCUACGUCACACAGAGUAAAGGGCUGCCAUUGGUGGAGAAAAUUAGACCUAGAAUAGCAGCCAUAACGACCACCUUACAGCACAGUUUGGAGACGUCAUUCCUGGAGGGUCUGAGGACCAGUAACAGGGACAUCCUCAGGCAGUGUCUCAGGACAUAUGCCACCAUAGACAAGAUCAAGGAUGCAGAGGCUCUCUUCAGACAGACCAUUGUUAGACCAUAUAUGGAAGAGGUGAUUACAGAAGCAGUGCUGAUGUCCCAUCCCCAGGGUUUGAGGGGUCUGUACAGCAGGGUGUUAGACUUCAUCCCUGCACACUGUAAACCUCUUAGGGAGGUUACUACUGGCCUGGUGCCUAGCUCUGCCCAGGGUGAGGUGGUGCGAGGGUAUGAUUUCCUAGUAAAUGCAGUGUGGCCAGAAGUCAUAGCAGGGUUAGAGAAGAGAACACCCUCCAUCUUUGCACCUGGCAACCCCAGCAUGUUUCACCAGAAAUACUUGACGAGUAUGAACUUCCUGGAUGCCUUUGAGUUGGAGUGUGGUUCCCAGGCCAGUGUCAAGAGACUGAGGUCCCAUCCCAGCUACAACACCUUCAUGACAAAAUGGAGUCUUCCUGUAUACUACCAAAUAAGGUUUCAGGAGAUAGGUGGUGCUCUUGAGACAUCCCUGAUGUCCCCCUUCAACAAUGCCUCAGAUAAGACUCUCUUCCAACUGAACGCACCUUACACAUUGUGGCAGUGCAUGGCGAAAUGUUGGGCGCAGGACAUCUACCUAUCACCGCUCUGUCAUCGCUUCUGGAAACUCACGCUACAACUGCUGGCGAGAUAUAGCACCUGGGUGAAAGAAAUUCGCGAGAAAGAAAUUCCUAGGAAGGAGACUGACCAGACUGGCGAAUCAUCAACAGGGACACCAUCCACUACCAAUGCUCUUAUGAUAUACACACCUACUAUGACAACAGUGACCACAACCCCUGCUUCUCUGGCAUCCACACCAGGACCCCCCUCACAAGGCACUGCCCCCAGCACUCCACUGGUCACAAUGACUCAAAUGGUUUGUCUGGUCACCGACUCAGAUACCAUCAUCAACAAGGUUGAUGAAUUCUUUUCCACUGUGGUCCAACCCAAGGUUGCGGCCAUUGGUGUGAAGAACACAGAUGUGCUUACAGAUGCAUUAGGGGAGUCUAAAGAACUGAUAUCCCAGGAGCUGCCAGGGUUUGGUGAUUUCAUAGUACAGCAGAUAGCUGAACACUGUGUGGUCAACCUCAAACCUGCUAAUGACAUCCCCAGACUGUACAGGAGAACAAACAGAGAGGUACCCUCCAAGGCUUCCUCUUAUGUGUCUGCCACAGUCAAACCCUUACAAAUGUUCCUGGAGGAACAUGCAGUUAUCAUCUCUGCCACUAGGAGGAGCCAGUGGGUUGUCAGCAUUCUGAAGGUGGUUACAGAAAGAUACUACUCAGUCACGGAUGAUAUACUAACAGCGGUGAGGAAAAUGGAAGACAGUCUGAAGAGGCUGAAGAAGCUUCGCAAAGGCGACAGUGGGAACUCAUCGUCUUCUGGGGGGAUGAGCGAUGACGACAAGAUCAGACUUCAAUUGGUCCUAGACGUCAAGCAGUUUGGGGAAGAGAUCCAGGCCCUGUCCGUCCCCCUGGAUGCCAUCUCCACUUACAGACAGCUGUUAGAACUGGUGGAGUCAGCACAGACCAGCGCUACACAGGCACAGUAGGGACAUGCAACUAUCAGUGGCAAUCUUGCUAUUGCUGUUAAGGUUCUCUUUGCUUGUUAUGUUGAAAUUACGGAUGGAAUGAAAUGAUACAGCACAAGAAAAACUUUUCUCUAGUAGACCUUAUUAGUAGGUUAACACCUAUCAAUGUUAAGUCAGGGGGUGUAAAAUCAUGUUUUCAUCCGUAUACCAUUGAAGUUGAUAUUUUGGUGUCUAUGUUGCCACAUAAGACAAGAGGAAGCAUAUUGUGCAACAUGGAGCUCAAUAUACAUACAUAUGGAUGUUCUGGUGAGCAUACUUGUGCUGAUUUACAUGUAUGUAGUGUAUUAUGAUUCGGUGCAAAAGAUUUGAUUAGACUUCAAAGCAUACUUCGUUGGACAAGCUCCGACCCAGAAUACACAUAUACCAAAGAAAAAGUAAUAUUAUUAUAGUUACACUGACUAGUAUAGUGUUUCAUUAUAGAACUAUUGUUUGGAAAAUAUCAGAAUUGCAUUAAACAAAGCAAAAGGGCUUGUUAACUUGGGCAGUUUUGGUGCAAGUAUUAACUAUUUGUGCAAUACAUAUUAUUAUAUGAAUUAUAGUAUGAGUCUGUAUGACCAAACAGUUUUGUGCUUUAAGUUAGAAGUGAACUUUUAAGAGUGGUGACAUGUUGAAUAUUUAAGAUGAUCUAGAAAUGUUUGGGUCAAAAAACAAUAAAGAUAUUUGGAACAUUUAAUCAUUACCAUUUAGUAUAAAGUCAUAUAUUUUAGGAUAAAAUUUUCAAAUCAUCAAAUUUUGUUGAAAUA